UAAUGACUCUUUGUUUUCUUAUGUGAGGGAUGUUCUUUUGAUUCUCUGUCUGAUUGUGGGCUCAAAGUUUCAAGUAAAGAAGCAAAAGUAAUUGGUUCAGCUUAAGGCUAAAACCCCACUUCACGUUCUCUCUUUCAUCACUGUUUCAACCUUUUAUAUAGAAACUACAAGUCAUAUAUAUAUAGUAGUAGUAAAAGAAGAAAAGAUGAGGAAGACUAGCUUCAACCUUACCUGCUCAAGGUGGAGAAUCAAUGAAAACCUAGCAAGAAAGUUGAUAGAAAAAGCUUAAAAGCUAAAAAAAGAAAGCUGAUUUUUCUCAAAAAGAGAGUGCUACCCACCUUCCUAAAAAGCCCCACCCCAAUCCCCCCAUUUGAGAAAGCUGUACAAGUAGGGUACCAGUGUCUCAGUAUUCAUCUUUUCUCUUUGAUCUACAAGAUUUUAUACCAUGUUGGACAAUUCUUGUUCUUCACCCGUUGGUCCUUCUUCCUCUUCUGAAGCUUUCAAUAAUUCUGCAGAAAAUUCUGGGGUUUCUAAUAGAAGGAAAAGACGACCUGCUGGUACUCCAGAUCCAGAUGCAGAAGUGGUUUCGCUUUCACCCAAGACUCUGUUGGAAUCAGAUAGGUAUAUAUGUGAGAUCUGUAACCAAGGUUUUCAAAGGGACCAAAACCUUCAGAUGCACAGGAGAAGGCACAAGGUGCCAUGGAAGUUAGUGAAGAGAGAGACACCACAAGUUAAGAAAAGAGUAUUUGUAUGUCCUGAGCCUACUUGUUUGCACCAUGAUCCAUGUCAUGCUCUUGGAGAUCUUGUUGGUAUAAAGAAACAUUUCAGGAGAAAACACAGUAAUAAUAAACAAUGGAUUUGUGAGAAAUGUUCUAAAGCUUAUGCUGUUCAGUCUGAUUACAAAGCACAUCUCAAGACUUGUGGUACUAGAGGCCAUUCUUGUGACUGUGGCCGCGUAUUUUCCAGGGUGGAGAGUUUUAUUGAGCACCAAGAUAGUUGUACUGUAAGGAGAAGUAGUAGUACUAGGCCAGAUUUGCAACCAUUGCAAGCUGGUUGUUCAUCAAGAACUGCUUCAAGCACUAGCCCUUCAAGUGAUACAAAUUUCAGCAGCAUUGCCCCUAAUUUACCAAGAUUAACAAUAAUGCCUUUGCCUAAUAAUUCUGAUCAGCACAAUGAAUUCCCUAGUAGUAAUAAUAAUGAUCAGCAGCAUAAUUUGGAACUUCGCCUAUUACCAUCUUCAAUUGCAUGUCCAUCAAGAACUAAUGAUCAUGAAAAUCAAGCACCCCAUUUGAAAUUGUCAAUUGGAUCAUCUACUAGAGUGGUGUCAAAAGAUCAUAAGGAACUGAAUUUGGCUAUGGCUGAAAAGGCUUAUGCUGAGGAAGCAAGAAGACAAGCAAAGAGACAAAUUGAAUUUGCUGAGUUGGAAUUUGCUAAUGCAAAGAGAAUCAGACAACAAGCACAAGCUGAAAUUGAAAGAGCUCAAAAUUUGAAAGAGGAAGCUACAAAGAGAAUAAGCUCUUCAAUAUUGGAAAUCACUUGUCAUGCUUGCAAGAAUAAGUUUCAAGCAACUGAUGAGUCUUCUCCAGCUAUGAGUUACAUGUCUUCUGCAACAACAGAAGCUGAAGGAGAGCAUUAAUUAAUGAGAAAAAUAGCAAUGUGUUGGUUAGGCCUUACUUUUUGUUGGUGUAUCUGUGUUCGCUGUCUUUCUCAUGUGGAGUAAAAUGUAGGUUUCUACUUAUUUUCUUUAAUUAUAAAGAAGAUUAUCAGUAUGUGUUUCUUUUGAA